CAGACGGUAGUACAUGUCGAGCAAUCGUAGAAGACGGUAGACAGGUGGUGUGUGUUACUUGACUUGCAAAAAAAAAAGGUCGUCGAGUUAAACCAAACUCUUGUCGUGCGCGUGUAUGACGGACUCGAUUUAAAGGGGAGCGGGGGGGGGAAUAGGAAGGAGAAUAGGCUUAUUGUCAAUGUUGAGGAUAGUCAUGAGUUCAUGAUUUUCUUCGUUCGGACAAAAUUGCGACGAAGUAGCGUGAAAUCGGGCAUCCUUAUGUUAACGAUUUAAAUAGAAGACAAUAAGAAGAAGAGAAAAAAAGAAAGAGAGCAAAGAACAAUAUUUAUAAAUAAUUAACGAUCGAAGGAAUAAUCAAGGUGAUAAAUCAAACGGGGGAAAGGGAAAAAAAAAAAAAAGAAAAAGAAAAAAAAAGAGAGAGGUUAGGAUAAGGAUAGAAAGGAACAAGUUGAACCGAUUAAUGUCUUGGACAUUGUUAUCAAAUGAUCGAGCAGUUUAAAGGAUGAUAAAAUUAAAUGGAAAAUGCAAUUUUAUUGUAGAAGAAUAAAAGAAGUCGAAAUUGAUACCGGCUGUGUUUGGGCUUUCGGACACGACGACACAACUGUGUGUUCUCUCUCUCUCUCUCUCUAUUUCUUUUUAUUUCUCUCUCUCUUAGUCAUUAUCAUAUUCUUCAAUCGUCAAUUAUUCUUGCCAUUAUCGUCGUCGUACGUUAAUAAAUUAAAGUAAAGAAAUUCGAAAGAAAAAAAAAAAAAAAAAAAAAGAGAAAAAAAGAAGAAGAAAAAGAGGAAGAAAACAAAGGUAAUUCACCCUGAGUUCGAUCUGGUGUCAUUUCUCUGUCUGUCUGUCUCUCUGUCUGUUAGAGAGAGAGAGAGAGAGAGAGAGAGAGAGAGAGAGAGAAAGAGAGAGAGAGAGACAGACAGACAGACAGACAGACUUUCGUAACGUAAGAAGGAGAGAAAAGAAAAGAAAAAAAAUAAAUAAAAAAGGAAAAUAAAAGGAGGAAAGAAAUAGAAAAAGAAAAGGAAAAAAAGACCUUUCGCAUGAUCGUGGAGCGUAAGGAGAAGAGAGAGAGAGAAGAAGAAGAAGAAGAAGAAAACAAAAAAAGGAAAAGAAAAACAUAAAGGAGGAAUCAUGGCUACGGUCUUUGAUAGUCCAUUUCUGUCGAAUCGACUGCGUCAAAUCGAGGAACGUUACGAGCCUAGCACGUUUGGCAGGUGCGAUUGCACGAGCUAUAGUUAUUUAUCGGUGAGUGUCGUUCUCUUCACGGUCGGAACGACUAUCACCGUAUUUGCUCUUGGCAAUGUCGCCGAGGGAUACGUAUUUUCCAAUUUGGGCCAUAUGUGGCUCAUAGGUCCGAUCUUUAUCUGUUCCGGACUGAUGGUCGCCGUUAAGUGUAUGCUAUAUCUCAGAAGAAAAUCCGUCAUACAGAUGAUCUUUCAUCAACGACAACUUUUCAGGCAUUUGCAGGAACUGGCAGCAUCUCCGAGCGUUGGUACAAGCGGUAUGGGUACUCCUGGACCACCUUCUUACGAAGUUAUUACACAAGCUCAAGGAUCAAAUGAAUUGCCACCUCCUUCAUAUGCAGAAGCUGUUUCACUUUUACGACAAGCAGGAAUUAAUGAUACGAAAUUGGAUUGUGGAACUGUUUCGUGCAGUACCAUCAAUGUCGAUGAGAAUAUGCGUAGCAAACCUUGAGGUACGUUUUGAAUUCUCUAAGGGUAAUCGACUUGGCCUAUUUGAAGAUAUUAGCAAAGACGAGAGGACUUUAAUGUCUCUCAUUGCUGAAGAGUAUCUUGUUUUGGAUGGUUAUUCGUACGAAACAAUUUGAUAUUGUUUCAAAUUUACUAGAAAGCAUUCUGAGAAUUAGAUCAGCAGAGGAGGGUGUAUUUGAAAUCCAAUUGAUCUUGGAUUUUUUUUUUUUUUUUUUUUUUUUUUUUUUUUUUUUUUUUAUAAAAUCACUAUUAAUGGCUUCCAUUUAAUAUUAAUAUUAUUAGGACAAUUGAGAACGAAUUAUAAUCCGAAUAUAUGACCUAUACUUGUAUUGGACAAAAUCCAAUAUCAUGUACAUAGUUCUUUUCUUUUCAUCUUGUGUUUGUAAAGAUAAAAAAAAAAAAAACACGCACAGCUAGGAGAACAUUAAUAAAACGUGUAUGAAUGAGGAUUAAGUUUGAUGAAACAAAUUACUAUUAGAACGUUUAUUCAAUAUUUUCCUUAAAAACAUGUAAGAGUUUUACUUACAUAAAUGGGAAGUGAGAUAUACAAUGUACAUAAAAAGAAAAAAAAAACUGACUAUUAUAAUAUUUUAUAAGAGUGAGAUACUUAAUAUCAAAUUGGUGCUAAAUAAUGAAUUAUGUAUUAGAGAAACAUUAGUAAAAUAAUUCCCUUUGUGUUGCUGGCUGUAAGCUUAUACUUAAUACAUUGAGUAAUUUUCGAAAGUAAAUAAAAUUUACUAUUCAUUAUGCAUUUAGUAAAUUUUUUUUUUUUUUUUUUUUUUUUUUUCCAAAUAUUUAAACAAACUAGCAAAUGUCAAAUUUGGAUAUUACGAUAUGAUACGAUAUAUAUAUAUAUAUAUAUAUAUAUAUAUAUAUAUAUAUAUAUAUAUAUAUAUAUAUAGAGAGAGAGAGAGAGAGAGAGAGAGAGAGAGAGAGAGAGAGAGAGGGAGAGAGAGAGAGAGAGAGAGAGAACUCCUGUAGUGAAUGUUACAUUAUUAUCACAUGUAUAUUUUAUCUGAAUUUUAGAAUAACAAGUCUUUGUCAAGAAGAGACUAUAGUAAUAAUAAGUAAUAUGGGAAUUAAGUGCUUUAUAUGUUCAUAUUUAGAACGAAAAAAGAAAUUGUAUUACGCUUGUUAUAUGGUUACGUAUGCAUUAUGAUUAUAGAUAAUACUACGGUGAUAUUUGUCGAAGCUACGGUAUGAUAUAGCUUCGUAGAUGCAAUGUACUUUAAUGUUUGCAAAUUUUGUAACUGCAAGCUGCUUGUCUUUGUACAGAAUUUCUUAUUGACUUUUAUAGAAUUGUAUUUACAUAUAGAGCAGGCCAUGUGUGUCAUCUAACGCAAGGAGUUAAGCAAAAGCUUGCUGUGAUGUACUAAGCACUAGUCAAUGUGGGAACGUAGGAAUGGUGGAGAAUAUUUUUAUGGGGGAAAAAAAAAAAAAAAGAAAAAAGAAAGGGGAAAAAAAUCUUCCAAGUGACAAAGUGCCUUAAAAUUUUUUCAGUAGUAUACAAAAUAGAUAAAAUAUAAAAAAAAAGAAAAAAGAAAGAAACCAUUUGCACAAUACAAUAGCAUGGACAUAGCAUAAAAUUCAUAUUUACUUGUGUAUAUAUUUCACAUAAUGUAAUGUUAUUACAUGAAAUAUAUACAUCAAUGUAUAUGCUAUGUACAUACUAUAAACUUAAAUUAGUCAUAUUUCUUUCACAAACGUCACCUGAGUUUUAUCUCCUUAAAUUUGUACAAUACUUUUAUUUUAUUAUUAAAAUUAUAUAUUUUCAGUUGAAUUCUGUGAAAGAAGUAUAAUUAGUAUCUGUGCAUUAUCCGAUGAAAUUAAUGUACAAGACGUUUACAAAAAAAAAGAAAAGAAAAAAAAAACAAAACAAAAAAAAGGAAAAAUGAUAAAGAAACCCCUUCAAUUAGCAAUUUAGUUGCGUGCAAUCUUUAUCAAAUAUGAUUUUGUAUAAAUUUUAAUUGAUUCAAUGCAUGUUAUCAAACGAUAGCAGAAAGUUUAAAAACAAUGGCAAUUGUAUGUAAUAUAUUUAAAUGAAAGAAGCAUAUUUUUAUAUUAUACAUAUACAUUCAUAUGUAUGACCUAUACAUAGCCAAAAUUAUAACCAAGUUAAUAUCAUUUUGACUCUCUGUUUUUUGUUGCUCUUAGCAAAAAUAUAUAUCACAUCAAAUAGAAAUGAGUAUAAUACUACAAUAUACACACAUUUGAACAGAGAUUAACCUGGUUAUAAUUCAUUUUUCACAGUAAGACUGUUGAUGCCUUAAAUAAUUAGACCAUGAUUACCAACAGAGCAUGUAAAUUUUAAUUAUCAUAAAAGAAAUGCACACAUAUUCUUAUUAAAAGAAAAAUAUUAGACAGUAUUAUCAUGAAUAAGAAAAUUAUUAUAUUAGUAGAUAAUAAAGUAUCAAUAUUUGUUAUAUUUCAACGAAACAAUAACAAAAAGAAAAUAAUGAUUUCGUUCAUUCGACAAAUUAUAUGUAUUUUAUUUUAAUAAUUAUACGCAUGGUUGGUUAAUAUAUAAAUGUAAAUGAAUUGUUAUAGGAGUUAUAUCUGUGCAAUCAUAUUAGAAAAUUACAAUGACGAUUUUUGUGCAUUAAAAUAUUUGUUCAUAUAAUGUUUUACUUUUAUAUUAUGUAAUUCGUUGCUAAUUACAUUUUCUUUUCUUUUUUUUUUUUUUUUUUUUUUGUUUUUUUUCUUUUUAAAAUUUUUAUGAUAUACAUAAACACACGCAUAUGUAUUAUGAUUAUCAAAUAAUAUUCAUUCGCAUCUCUUUCUGAACAGCAUAUAAAUUGUAGCACUUUUAUUAUCUCCAAAUUUGUUCACAAAUCUAUUGACUGCGAUAUUUAAAAAUGUAAAUAACACCAAUGCAUACUACUCCUGAUAAUCUGAUAUAUAGUUUGGUAAUAGAUUUGUUUCCUUUUUUUUUUCUUUUUUUUUUUUUUUAAGCAAUAAUAUCAUAACUUUUAUUGAUCAGUAACAGUUUGAAGAAUGAAACUUGUACAUCUUGCUAAUUGCCGACCUAUGCACCACACACGUAUAAAACAAUAUGGACAAAUUUUUUCUAAUGAUCAAAUCACUUGAAAAUCUCGCAAGAAAAUAAUUAACUCAUUACAAUAGGUAUAUAUAUAUAUACAUAUAUAUAUAUAUAUAUAUAUAUAU